GAUCAGAGAAGCCCAACGGCAUCGUUUUGAAACGCUGGAGUCGCACACUUCGGCAAAACCCUUUCGGUUCCUCGAAAGCUCAGCAGCAGAGUCACCAGGAGGCCUCUCGAGGAAGCUAACAAUGGCGUCCUCAAAGGUCGUCGCGAGGUUUUCGUCGCGAUUACAACCACUCGCUCUCAAGCUCGGCAAAAGAUUUCUCGCGCCCGAACUUUCUCCGCUCAAAUCGUGCUCUCAGUCGCAGGCCUCUGCCUCUGCCUCUGCCAGACGCGUUUCCCGCAUUUCUCGAUUACCGUUGGAGUUAAGCAGCGUGGAAACGAUGACGCCGUUGCACAGUGCGAUAGCUUCGGCGCGACUAAUCUCGAGGUUGUCGGCCGAAUCAAAUAGCUGGUGUUUAGUUCCGCAAGGUAUAUCAAUGCCUUUAUGACUCUCUCAGCAUGAGUUCUUACAAGGCAGCGCAUUUUGUUUGAUGGCAAUUUUAUUUUGUUCCAACUUUACGGGCCUGUAUUGAACAGUUCUUCUGUCAUUUAUAAAGAACAUGAGACGUUAGUGCUUAGA